AUGACGGAAGAAGAGGAAAACCUCUAUUGGGUCGAACAGGAGGAACUUGCCGAAAGGCAAACCGAGAUUACUCGCCGCGAACGCCGACAAGCUCGGAAAACCGCUGGAGAGGAUCCCGACAUACGCGAUCUCCGCGAAUACAUCACCAAAACCGCCGCGGAAGUAAGGGCCGUGAAAUCGCAGAUCCACCACGCCACGAGUGCUGACCCAGAAAUCGAUAGGCUGCUCGAGGUGGCUCGCAAGACUCCCUUCACCGCGCGAAUCUCCGAGACAAAGGUGUCUAAUCCGGGAAAGCUCAAGAUACCGAUGUAUAAUGGUACGACCGAUCCAAAGGCGCAUCUCCAGGCGUUCCAUAUCACUAUGGGAAGAGCCAGGCUUAGAGAAAGCGAGAAAGACGCUGGUUACUGUCUCCUGUUCGUCGAAAAUCUAGAAGGUGCGGCGCUCGAAUGGUUCUCCCGGUUGAAGCGAAACUCCAUCAGAAGCUUUCGCCAACUCGCAUCGGAAUUCCUCCUCAAGUACUCUAUGUUCAUCGAUAGUGAAACUUCUGAUGUCGAUCUCUGGAGCUUAACCCAGGAAGAGGGCGAGUCCCUCCGAGAGUUCAUAAGCUGUUUCAAACUGAUCAUGGCGAAGGUCAGCGGAAUCAGCGACAAAAUCGCCAUCGACGCGCUCAGGAAGGCGCUCUGGUACAAGUCAAAGUUUAGAAAGUGGAUAACGCUCGAGAAACCUCGCACAAUCCAGGACGCCCUCCACAAAGCCUCAGAUUACAUAAUAAUCGAAGAAGAGACGAAAGGGGAAGAACUCCAAGGCGCGCACAACUACGCAAUCAAUCCGGAGCAGGGCAGGACUUCAGGAAAUACGUGGAAUCAUAACCAGAGUUACGACAAAAACGUAUACUGCGAGUUCCAUCAGACCGAAGGUCACUCCACGGCUAACUGCAAAGUCGUAGGGGCAAGGCUGGCCGCGAAGCUGCUUGCUGGAGAACUCUCUGGAGUAACCAGCAUUAAGUAUCUAAUCCUCGACUUCGACCGUCCGCCAAAAACCAACAAGAAUCCUCCCGCGGAAAACUCGUCGCCGAGAAAUCAGGCCGGGGAAAAAUGCGAGUGA